AAACGCAUUGACAAGCUGGUACUAAAUAUGGUUGCGUCCGAUGUCUUACCUCUAAAUGUGGUUAAUAAUGUUGGGUUAACCAAGCUGAUCCAUGAACUAGAUCCACGUUACAAAAUGCCGAGUAAGACUCACCUGCGCAAUGUACUAUUAAAAAAUGAAUACAAUAGUCUAAAAGAAACUUUAAAAGCAGAGCUUCAGAUUGUCGAAAGCGUCGCAUUAACAACCGAUGGCUGGUCAUCAAGAGCCAAUGAAUCCUAUCUAACUGUUACGUGUCAUUUUGUAACCGAAUCUUUUGAGCUUGCUUCAAAAAUUUUGUCGACGAACCAACUUAUCACACCAACUAACCACUCAGCUGUUAACAUUGCUGAUACUAUAAAUAAUGUUGUAACUGAAUGGGGUUUGCAAGGUAAAGUCGUUUGUGUAGUAACAGACAAUGACGCCACAAUGAAAAAAGCUUGUGAGCUGCUUAAAAUCAUGCAUAUUCCCUGUUUUGCACAUACGAUAAAUUUAUUAGUGCAAGAUGUGCUAAAGCUGCCAUGCGUUUCCGAAAUUAUUGUGAAGUGCAAGCGCACAGUCGCUUUUUUUAAAGCGAGCAAUAUAGCUUAUGCUAAAUUCAAGGAAGAGCAAGGCGUUAAUAAGCCGUACAGUUUGAUCCAGGAGGUUCCUACGCGUUGGAAUAGUGCUCUCUUUAUGAUGCAGCGUAUUUUGGAGACAAAUGAAGCAAUCUCGAGAGUUCUUUUGAAAACCCCAAAGUCUUUACCGCCGUUUACUGCAGACGAAAUAACACUCAUAAAGGAACUGGUUGAGAUACUUAAUCCAUUUCAGGAUGCAACCGUAUCCGUUUCUGCAGACACAAAAGUGACUAUAUCACUGAUCAUUCCAACAUGCUGUGAGCUGCGCAAACAAAUAUUUGAAAUGAACUCUUUCAUAUCUCCAGAGGCUAAACUAGUCGUCGACUACCUAAGGGUCCGAAUGGCAGAGAGAUUUUCACAGUACGAGGAGCGUACCGCGACAAGGCUUGCAACCAUUUUGGACCCACGGUUCAAAAAGGAUGGAUUCCUGCAGCCAUCAAAUGCUGAGCAGGCUAAAAAAGCCUUAGAGUUAGAAGUCUCCACAUUUUUGUCAAAAACAACACCACGUCCACAGCCAACACCACCACAACCCAAACGCUUUUCCUUCAUGAGUCAAAAGCUGGAGGAUAAAGUAAAAUCAAAUAAAGCUGACGCCAUAAUUCUUUUGCGCCAAUAUUUUGAAACGGCGCAUGAAGCUGAAGAAGUCAAUCCACUUGACUAUUGGAAGGAGCAUACAAAGGAUACGACAGCUUUAGCAAUAUUAUCAAAGAAGUAUUUUUGCGUACCAGCGUCUUCCUGCGCUUCUGAACGAGCGUUCAGCAAAGCUGGACAAAUUGUAUCGGACAGGAGAUGCGCUUUAAAAUCGAAUAUAGUAGAUAAGCUACUUUUUCUCAACAAAAAUCAAAAACAAUGAUCUCUUAAUAAAUUUGUUAAGUUUUAA